CCAAGCGCCGGGUCAGUGUGUGGGAAGUGCUUUCGGAACGUCACUGUCACCGCCGCCGUUGGCCACGGAGAUUACAACUACUGCGGUCACUCGCAUUUUGGGAUAGUUGAAGAUCGAAGAGGAAACCUGUCAAAAAACCAAGGACUCAAAACAUAUAUCUACCCACUAGUCCGGAUACAAUAGCGGAAAUAAAAGUUUCGCUCCGGUUUAGUGGUUAGUUCAAACGGCUUUAGAGCUUCACUUUUAGAUCGCCGAGUCAGGUGUAUUUAUUAAACACGUUGUAAACAUAUUCUUUGGCUUUUUGACUGAGUUGAACAGCGAUUGAUGUGAUUCCCAAUCAUACAGCUACAUGGUUAUGGAGAAGAAGAGGAUGGAUUGCCCCUCACUGCCACCGGGCUGGAAAAAAGAAGAAGUGAUCCGGAAGUCAGGGCUCAGUGCUGGCAAGAGUGAUGUCUAUUACUACAGUCCCAAAGGGAAGAAGUUCCGGAGCAAACCCCAGCUGUCCCGUUACCUCGGCAACACGGUGGACCUGGGAUGUUUCGACUUCCGAACGGGCAAAAUGACGAUGCCCAGCAAGAUGCAGAAGAACAAACAGAGGCUACGGAAUGAGAGCCUCACCAUCAACAAGGGUAAACCAGACCUGAACACAGCACUUCCUAUCAGACAGACAGCCUCCAUCUUUAAACAGCCUGUCACCAAAGUUGUGAACCACCCCAACAACAAGGUGAAGACAGACCUGCAGAGAGCCACAGAGCAGCCCAGACAGCUGUUCUGGGAGAAGCGGUUGAAAGGCCUGAGGGCGUCAGACAGCACAGAAGAGGUCCUCAGGACCAUGGAGCUUCCCAAGGGUUUAACAAGUUUGGGUCCAGACACGUCAGACGAGACGCUCCUCUCGGCUAUCUCCAGCGCCCUCCACAUGAGCUCCUCCCCCAUCACGGGUCAGAUGACCUCGGCGGCAGAGAAGAACCCAGCUAUCUGGCUCAACACGUCACAGCCCCUCUGUAAAGCCUUCAUAGUCACGGACCAGGACAUCAGGGAACAGGAGUUGAAGGUGGUCCAGGCCCGCAGGUGUCUGGAGGAUGCACUGAUGGUAGACAGGUUGGCGAGGGCUUCCGAAUCCAGCAGAGACUCGGAGGACAAGGCUGCAUAGGAGACCAGACAUGUGUCCUUUCUUCCUUAGGCAGAUGAUGAAGACAGUCAUCCUACACACAGAGGAGGGUACCUGCACAAUGGAACCCUGAUCCCAUAUGUAGUGCACACUAUAUGAAAUAGGGUGUCACUAAAGCACUAGGGUUGCAAAGGGAGGGUAUAUUACUGGAAAGUUUACCAGUAAACUACCAGAAUUUUUGGGGGUAACUUUCAAGGAUUUUAUGUAAUCUAUUACAAGACAUCUAGUGACCCGGUUGGAUACUACAGAUUAUGACAGGUGUCUGUAAUUGUGAAAUAAUGACAUAAUUAAAUAAUAUUUUAAAAUGUAGAAAAAAAUUGAAUUACAAAGCUGUAAAAUGUUAUUUUUUAAUAUAAACCUUAAACUUAGUGAAUAUCAUUGCUGUUUAAUGUGAUCGUUUCAGUAUGAAAUAUCUUUUUACAUUUUUAACUUAUUUAUUUUUUAUUAUGUCAAAAUGUAUUUCGUUGUCAAUGUUUUGCCGUGAAACUGGUGGCCGUUGUGAAGAAAAGGUCAAUAGUUCAAAGAGUUGAAGAGUUUAUUCAAAAACAAAUAUAUUGUCGAUUUUAGAUGCGUUAUUCAUGAAUUGGUCCGUUUUCUCUUCAACCAUAUGUUCUAUCUACUAGAAACUUAUGGACACUAUCCACACAGAUAUAAAUACUAUAUAUUAAUAAACCGUUUUAAAAUGACGAUGAAGUUAAGAUUGCCAUAUCUUUUGUUUAAUUACCAUAAUUUGUGAAGAUUACGGUCACUUUGUUUAAAUUAACCAGUAACUUUGCAACCCUAGUCGGGACAUUCAGAGACGGGAAUCAGUUGGUCUGCUUUUUAAACAAACGGACUGUCACAAUCUCACACAUCCCUUGAUACCUGACUCGCCUAGCUUCAAACCAAAGCCUUUUUGGACUUAACUAUUUGUUUUUAAUCUACAUAUCUGUACAUACCAGUAUAACGCUUAUUUGUUUUUUGUGUCAGAAUUUUGCACUUAAAUACUAUUUUUUUAUAAAAAGGCGAAUAUUGAGCAAAAUUAUUUGAACUUCUGGGGACUUCAUUUGCAAUCUGCUGGAUUUGUAUAUUGCUAACUAUUUUACUUUUCUUUAUUAUUCAUUUGUAUUUUUUUGGGGUGGUUUGUUGGUUGGAAAGGGAUUGAAUAUUAUUGUUUUUUAAAUUUUUUAUAACAAAUGAUCAACUGCUUAUUUAAAACAUGUUUAUACCCGGAGAGAAAACAAAUUAUGUGGACCUUUGUUGCCUCACUUUAGACUUUUUUAAAGUAAAUAA